GGCGUCAGCGCUGCGGAGCAGGAAAGGGUCCCAAACGCAGGGCGGCCAUGCAGCGUGGCGCCCACCUGUCCCUCUCCUCGAAGCGCUGAGCCAGCACGAUGCACAUAAGGGAAGGAGGAAGGUGGCUUGAGGGCAGUGACCGACCGGACAGUGGAAGCCCAUUUCAGGAGCCCCGGUACCCGAGCUCGGGCCCCUUUCCAAUCCCCCAGGCGUCCUUCCCAUGUCCUUGUCUCCUAGUACUGGGAAUCCACGGCCACUCCACUCUCCUGCAGUACCGCGGACAAGAACACCAUGUACUCUUCACAGGCAGGUGUCUUCUGGUGGACCCAACUCUGUUGGUACUUGUCGUCUCCAAAAAGUCCCCAAAUGCGCUAGAGGCCAGCCAGCCCGGUAUCCGAGAGGGAAGGAGGUGGAACGCAUCAGAGGCCACAAAAGGAGCACAAAGGGGGACCGCUGGCCUAAGACAAAGGAGGCGCGAGGAAAAACGCGGAGCUGGCGUCUCCCAGGGUGAUGCCCGGCGCCGCUGGCCCCGGCAAAACUUCUCUACCCCGGCCUCGGGCAGGUGCCCGCCCGGGGAGGGGGCUGUCGUCCAGGCCAGGUACAACUCCCCUUCCCACCCUUCACUCCCUACCCAGGGGUCUCGAGAAAAGAGAAGAGGAACAUCAAGACCCCCCUCCACGGCACGUGACGCGACGCAACGCGGGUAGCGCAGCGCGGGCACCGUGGGCAACCCAAACCCCUCUCCACACACAACCGCGGAGCUGCCUGCCAGGCCUGCUCACUGCAGAGCCGCCGCUGCCUGCGGGACGGGCAAAAGCCAAGCCGCGAGGUGGACCUCGGGGAAGCCGCCGCCAACACUCACGUCACAGGACCAGGAGGUUCCAUCGGGGCGCUGCCGCGAAUCGCGCCACUUACAGCCCUCACCCCAGCUGCAGGUUUGCGCCUGCGCAGGUAGCAGCCUCGGCCUCCAACUCCCAGAAUCCUCCUCGCCGCCGGCUUCCGUUCGCGGACUGUGGCCCAGGUCCCUGGGCGCUGCCGAGAGGCUGGGAGCCCGGGAACCGGUUCCCGGACUUGAGCGGAGCGAGAAAGAGCGCGCCGCCUGCACGACUGGACUGGAGCGGCCGGGUGCCCUGGAGGCCCCUGGGAAUUGCAGUCCUUGCGCAGGUGGAGAGUGAGCCCCUAUGAGAAAACUCAAGACUCAGAAACAAUAAAGGUUACAGAGAUGAAAUUGACAGAGCCUGAAUUUCAGGUUAUGAUUCUGUAUGGUUUCUUUGGUGCUGCAUUAGACCUGAGCUCUGAUUGAAAAUUCUUCCACGCUCGCUACAUUCCAAAACUUUAUCUCCAAUAUGAAUUUCCAGAUGCCUCACAAGGUCUGAGCUCCAUCUGAAGGCUUUCCCAUGCUUGUCACAUUCAUAGGGCUUUUCUCCACUAUGAAUUCUAUGAUGUCGAAUAAAGUGUGAGCUCUGAUUACAA